CCUUUAUUACCAUCAAUCAAAAAACGUGAAUUGUUGGCUUAAGUUAUUUAUAUUUAUAUUUUUGUGGUUUGAGACGCAAAUAAAAUGGCUUCUAAAAUAAUUAGAAUUUUUGAACGAUUGGAAAGCCCCCAAUACCCUCUCCUGGGCCCAAAUUUACAAGGACUUUAUUGGUUCGGUCUCUGGCAAUGUGGGAAUAGGAUCCGUGACGGUUUAUUUAAUAUUUUGCAUUUAGCCUCUGUUCUCUUCGUUCUGUCUGAAUUCGUAGAACUAUUUGCUAUGGAGAUCGAUCUUAUGAAAAUUCUCUUUAACGUUUCUGUAACCGCAUUAAGUUUGGUAACAGUAUGCAAAACCGUCUUGUUCAUUUAUUAUCUUCCGCAUUGGAAGAAUCUAGUAAAUAGCAUAUCAAAAUUAGAACAAGAACAAUUAAAAAGCAAAAAUUUCAAAUUAGUUGCAAUAAUUAAAAGAUAUACAUUGUAUUCUAGAGUAAUAACCUAUUCAUUUUGGUCAGUGAUUUGUAUAACUAGCCUCUUGACUGUUACGGCACCGUUUUUAAAAUAUAUUACUUCGCCAAGCUACAGACAAAGCAUUCAAAAUGGCACCGAGCUCUAUCCCCAGAUUUUGAGUUCUUGGUUUCCAUUUGAUAAGACUAAAAUGCCCGGUUACCUAAUAGCUGUUUCUAUUCAUAUUAUCAUGACUACCCAAGGAGCUGCUAUUGUAGCCGUUUAUGACUCGACCGCAGUCGCUAUAAUGUCAUUUUUAAAAGGACAACAGAUUUUAUUGCGAUAUAAAUGUGAAAGAAUUUUUGGUUUAAAUGAGGUGAUACCAACAGAAAAAGUUUUAGCUAAUAUUGAAGAAUGUCAUCGUUUGCAUUGCUUUCUACUGGAGCAACACCAUAGAUUCAACUCAAUUACAUCACCUGUUAUGAUCCUUUAUGUUUUGGUAUGUUCUGUUAUGAUGUGUUGUAGUGUUGUGCAGUUAAGUCUGGGUCAUUUAAGCACGUCUGAAAAGUUAUGGGUUAUAGAAUUUACAACAGCAUUGAUUACGCAGCUCUUUUUGUAUUGUUGGCAUAGUAAUGAAAUUACGUAUGAGAGUAAUUUAGUAGACCGUGGGGUAUACGCUAGUAAUUGGUGGAGAGGUGAUGUUAAAGUUAAGAGACAAAUCUUGAUUCUAGCUGGAAAGUUAGCCCCCUCAUUAAUACUCAAGGCCGGACCAGUCACGACACUUUCUAUGGCUACAUUUAUAAGCAUCCUGAAGGGUUCAUAUAGCUUCUACACUCUAGUAACACAGAUGCAGGAAAAUCAAAUAUAGCCACGAACCAGGAAGAUUAUUACUCGGUCAUUAUUUUAAGUUAUUAAAUAAUAUUUCAAUAAAAUUUUCGAUUUUCAAAAUA